AUAUUACUCUCUCUCUCUCUCUACAGAAGCUCCAUCGUCGAAAAUGGGUAACAAGAAGAAAUUCAUCAACAAGAAACAAGCGGCUACUUUUCAACUCCUCGCUCGAGAUUCGUCUGAUCCAAACUACACCGAUGGACCUUCGGGGGAUCGAAUUUUCGUGAGAGUUGACAACAAUUCUUACUCACCCGAUACCUUCUUCGAAGGAGAUGAAGAUGGCCAAUUUGCCGACAACGAUCCCAACUCAGUGUUCGCUGACGCUCCGGAUGAUUGUGAUGAUGAAGAUGACGGCGGAGAUUUGCGAAAGCAGAUUCGAGCGCCGCCGCAGAGUGCGGCGGCGGUGUUGCCGGAUCAUAUAAGGAGGGAGAUUUUGGAGCUAGGGUUUCCCGAUGACGGUUAUAACUAUUUGAUUCAUUUGAGGGAGAUUAAGAAUACUGGUGGUGGUUCGGCUUAUUAUCAUAAUAGUAAAGCGAAGCUCGAUCAGCUUCCACUUGAUGUGAAGGCAUAUGAUGCUUCGAGAGUAGAAAUUCCUGGUGUGAAGGAUGAUUCGAACGAGAAGUCAAUUUAUAAUGUAGCAUCAAGGACUGUUGGUGUUAGGAUUCAGAAAGCAGUUGAUCCUGAAGUAGUUGCAUUGCUUGAUGAUAGUGAUUUGUCUCGUUUUGGUUCUGAUGAUGAGGACUUGGAAGAGGAUUUUGUUGUCAAGGCUAACCUUCUUGAUGAAGCGGAGGAUGUAGAAUUUGAUAAAAAGUUGAAUUUGGUUGAAAACUCUGCGGUGAACAGAAAAGAAGAUGAUGUAGAAUUUGAUAAAAAGUUGAAUUUGGUUGAAAACUCUGGGGUGAACAGAAAAGGAGUUGAUGUGGUUGACUUUGUUGAUGCUGAUGAAGUCAGAAAUCUCCUGCCCAAUGCCGGUAGCAUUGCUGAGAAACCAAGAACUCGCCGCCUUUUAGAUGAGCAGUUUGACAUGCUUGAACUUCAGGAAUAUGGUGCAAACAGUGAUGAUGAAUUCGAUAAUUUCAUAGCUGAAGAAGCUGAACACCAUGAAUCCCUUGCAGAAAAGCUCAAUCAUGCACUUAAGGACCAUGCGACUGAAGAUUUGGAACUUGAUGACAAAUAUAAAGUUCCUGCAGAGUCAGAGGACCGUGCUGGCGAUGUUAUUCGCCGGUGUAUUGAAUAUGCUGAAAAGUUUGAAAUUGACAAUCAAGAUGAAGAUGUGGUUGUUGUAGAGGAAAGUAGUGAUGAGUCUGAAGUGUGGGAUUGUGAGACUAUCAUUUCAACAUAUUCAAAUCUUGAUAAUCACCCUGGGAAAAUAGAAACGCCAGGAGUACGGAGAAAGAAGAAGUUGGCCGAAACACUCUCUGGAGCUUUAAGUGCUCCUAGCCAUGUAAUAUCACUUAAAGGAAAAGAGAAGCUUCCUGUGGACUAUUUGCCUCAAAGUAUGAAAUCUGCUACAGAAAAGGUGAAAGAUUUGACUACCUCAAAAAAUGAGCCGCUGAAGAGGAAGCAACUUGGUCAUGAAUCAAAGGAGGAGAAGAAAGAGCGGAAGGCUGCUAUAAAAGAAGAAAGGCGUGAGGCUCGUCGGGUGAAAAAAGAAAUGAAGGGACUGUACAGGUGCGAAGCUCAGCGUGCUCAGAAAGUUGCUGCCUUUACUGGUCCAUCUUCCAUUCAUCUUAUGUAAUAUGGCUUCAAGUACUUUCUUAAGAGUGGAGGCAAUAUGGAUGCUUCUUUCAAUUAUAUUCAAUAUAGAGGGUGGCUGCAAAAUCCGCUGCCAAUUUCCAGAAUGAAGGGCCGUAUUUUUGCACUUCUGGAUUGACAUGACAUCAGAGAAGCGUAAUGCACGAGACAUGGUGUACUUGGUUGAUUAGCUUUCAUCUUUGGAGUACUGUAUAUCGGUGAGAUUCCUAGGGCUACUGCAAGAUAAUGUCAGAUGCUUAAAUGGAAUCAUAUAAAUGUGGCUCGUGCUAAGUGUGCGUAAUUUAGCUGUUACAUGAUAUUAAGUUUUGCUAUAGUUAGCUAUUUAUUUUACCCUAAUAUUACCAGGCUAAUUACCUUUUUUUUUAUUAUUUAGUUGUUAUUCCCCGUAGUUUAUUUUCUGAAUUUGUUGCAAGUAGAGUUGAAAUUUUUGAGUGGA